GAGGCUCUUGGCAAAGGCUCUGACAGGACGGGGUCGUGAGGGGACGCUUGGCUGGGAACUGAGAGCUGAGAACGUGCACGACCAGCACCGGAGCAGGGUCCUCUGCACUCCCGGGUAGCCGGGCUCCUGUCUCAGAGCCCAGAAACUCUCGCCGUCGCCCGCUCAGCCCCUCGGGCCCCUCGGCUCACCUGUGCGUGCCGCGCCCCGCCGCCGACAUGAGCGAGCUUAACACCAAAACAUCCCCAACGACCAACCAGGCAUCUGGUCCGGAGGAAAAAGGGAAAGCUGGCCAUGCCAAGAAGGCUGAAGAGGAAGAGGAGAUUGACAUUGAUCUGACAGCACCAGAAACAGAGAAGGCUGCCCUUGCUAUUCAGGGCAAGUUCCGGCGAUUCCAGAAGAGGAAAAAGGACCCCAGUUCCUAAGUGGCCAGCCUUGUCUCUCCCCCUGAUCCCUUCACCCUCUUUUCCACAACCCUAACUCCCAUGUAUUUAUGUCUCUUUGUCCCUGUAGCCUCUUAGUAAAGCAAGUUCAAUCCUUAAAUAUUGUUUUCUCUGGCACCCUCAAGCUAGCACAGCAGCAGAGGCACAAGAAAUGCAUGGAAGGUGAAGACUUGCCUAAUGGUGGACCAGUUUCUUCUUGGGAUAAGGCUGUCCUUGAUCAGUAGCUAGUCCUGCCUUGUGAGGCUGAAGAACAAGAGGCUUUGCAGCUGAGAAGGGGCUCCCCUGACCAGAUGGGAAGGAGGGAAGGGUCUUCAGAGUAGGUGCCUGAAGGUGGGGCUUAUGCACUGUUCUCCCACUUACAACAGUCACACUUCAGGCAACACGUUCUUUCUCCUUCAAAUCUCUCUACACCUCUACCUCCCACUUCCUUCCCAUGAUCAAAGUUGUAGUGGUGACUAGAACACCCAUUUUCCUGUAAGUAGACCCGAAUCAAGCAGCUAAACCACAUUAGUGCAUGCUCAGUAGAUUAGUUCCCAAAAAAGGAGGG